UUGAUCAUUUGUGGCGCGAUUCGGCGGUUAAGCUAUUGUUGUUAUCGGUGUUGUUUUAGUUUUUUUAUUUAUUAAAUUAAUAUCUAAACUUUGUAAAUACUCCAACUUUAUAGUUUCGAAAAUUUAAUAGUGAAACGUGUGAAUAGUGUUUAUUGUCGCAUUUUACGUGUGACAAAAUCUACCCUUAUUAUUUGCUCUUCUCAAUGAAGAACUGAUUCUGAUUAGUUUUACUCUUUCCAUCAAAACAAUUUGAUUUCUACAAGAACAAAGUUUGGAAGAAAGUUAAUAAACGGAAUUUUUCUCUUUUAAUAGAGGUAUCAAACUUUUCUGCAAUAAUAAUAAUUUUUCUCUAUAGUAAUAUAAUAACACUUUUGUUAAUAGAAAAAUUAUAUCUUUUCUUUUGGCGCAGUAUUUGGCAACAGAACUCGCGUCAUGAAGUGCUGUCAAUAAAAUGAUGUUUAACUACAAAGAGCAUCGUAAACCAUGCAAUUAAAAGUUCUUUGUAUUGUUAAAAACUGCUCUUUUGGAACAUGGUUGAAACUUGCAUAAAGAACAAGGUAAUCAUCAGCAAGGCACUUAAAAAAUUUCACCUUGGAGGCGAAUGAGAGAAAUUCUACGCCAGUGUAAAUUUAGGCUCGGCGCACAACGGUUAACUGUCGGCGCGCGGUUGCGAUCAAAACCAACAACCAGCCGAUCAUCGGUCGAUUUUAACAUCGAAUGUUUAAAAUUUUAACUCGUUUAAAAGUUACACGAAGAAAGGAAAAUCAAAACUAAAUUCAAUCAAAACGAGAUGAGAAAUUAACUUCCGAGCAAGAAGCAGCAUUAAUUUGAACGACCUUUAAAUAAUUCCCGAUGUGUCAGGUAUGUAAGCUCAAUUCGUUACGGAUGACGUACGCUGCAACAUCACCUGAGCACCUGUUUGUUGUGCGAGUUAAUCGCGACGUGUCGCAGUAACGCUUUUCCAGUAUAUUUUUCGCUUUUAAAAUAAACAGCGCCGAGAGUUUAAUCGGAAAAUUGAAUUUUUCACGAUCUUCAGUCGAGAACAGUCUUCGUUUUCAAAUGGUUCGUUCGGGACGCGCGUCUCACCUGAAUAGAAUAUAGUUACAGUGUUGACAAGUGUUUCGUGUGUGAAUAAUAAUAAUACAGUAAAUUCCAUAAUGCUGAUUUUGUGAUUGUGUCGACAAUUAUUUUUGCAAUUUUUCUACUGGAAAAGUGUCAGAACAAUUAAUGGAGAAUUUAAUGAAAGUAUAAUGACAUUAUCAUGAACGUCCCUAUAAUUUCUGGAGAUAUCGACGAUGAGGAUUAUAAGCCGCGUUUCGUUAGGGGCUCGGACCCGAGAGUCGCCACUUGUAGAGGAAAGUUACAAAAUAAGAGGAGUAAACUUAAUCAGGAAAUCAACAAAGAGCUUCGUCUUCGUGCCGGAGCGGAGAAUCUUUUUAAGGCUACAACUAACAGGAAAUUGAAGGAAACAGUUGCCUUGGAAUUGAGUUUUGUCAAUUCGAAUUUGCAGUUACUCAAAGAACAACUAGCGGAACUAAAUAGUUCAGUUGAAUUGUACCAAAAUGGCGAGGGUGAAGAUUCUAUCAUGCCCAUGAUACCGUUGGGACUGAAAGAGACCAAAGAUAUCGACUUCCGAGAUCCUUUUAAAGAUUUUAUCUUGGAGCAUUACAGUGAAGAUGGAGGGAAUUAUGAAGAAGCCAUUGCUGAACUCAUGGAAACCAGACAAGCGACGAGAACACCAACGAGGGACGCUGCGGGAAUCGCAUUACUUCUUCGAUACUAUAAUCAAUUGUACUUCAUCGAAAGGCGUUUCUUUCCACCGGAUAGAAGUUUGGGAAUUUACUUCGAGUGGUUCGAUUCAUUGACAGGAGUGCCAAGUUGUCAGAGAACAGUUGCAUUCGAAAAGGCGUCAGUUCUCUUCAAUGCUGGAGCACUUUACACGCAAUUAGGUGCUAAACAAGACAGACGAACAUCUCGCGGUUUAGAUCAGGCUGUUGAUGCAUUUUUGAGAGCAGCAGGAACAUUUCGAUACAUUCAUGAAAAUUUCACAAAUGCACCGAGCAUGGACCUGGGACCAGAUAUGCUGGACAUGCUGGUUCAAUUAAUGCUGGCUCAAGCGAGGGAGUGUCUUUUUGAAAAAUUGGAACUUCAAUCAAGAGAUUCUCGAAAUAUUGACGUAUCUUUAGAUCUUGCUCAAGAAGCUGCUCAGGUAUCUGCAGUUUAUAACGAUGUUCAUGGACUAAUAAUUCGCGAGCCGGUUCGAGAUUACGUCCCGGAAUCAUGGGUUUCAUUAAUUUUAGUGAAACGAGAACAUCAUUUGGCUUUGGCACACAAACAUUGUGCUGUUGGUCUCUUAGAUAUUCCAUUAUCGGAAUUUUGCACAGAAGCAAAAUUAAUUCUCGAGCGCAUUCAGGAAAGCGAUGGGAAGACCCAAAUUGAUGUAAUCGUCCCUAAGGACGAUAACGACAGAAAGGCUCUCGGACGAGCACAUUUGAGGGAAGCUUUGGUGUUGCAUGAAGAGAGCCAGAGGUUACAGAGAAUGUGUAGGGAGCUGAAGGGUAAGCCAACUUUGGGAAGGGUCUUGAAGAAGGGUCAAGAUUGUACCCUUGAAAUUUAUAAUCGCUCCGGAGAUGAGGACGAUUUUCGAGACUUGCUGGAUCCUCCCCACAUAAUAGCCUCGACGAAAUUUCAAUUGAGUCUCACACAUCCAGACUUUGGUCAGCAUGGUGUUGACGACCUUUUCAGAUCCUUGGGUCCAGUGGCGAUUUUUUCUGCAAAAAGACAUUGGACAGCGCCGAGACUUAUUCAACUUCAAAGGGGUCCAGGAGGCGAGGGAUUUGGAUUUAGUGUAAGAGGCGAUGCUCCCGUUAUCAUUGCCGCCGUGGACCAUAAUUCGCUUGCUGACUUGGGUGGAAUGAAAGAAGGGGAUUUCAUCGUCAGUAUUAGCGAUAAAGAUGUCAAGUGGGCCUCUCACGAUCAAGUUGUACGACUCAUUAAACAAUGCGGAGAUUCAAUUAGUUUAAAACUCGUUACCCCCAUGGACAGAAAUUAUUUAAAGAAACCGGCUAAAACAAGUCACCACGAUAAGGGAAGUGUGUCAGCAAGUAGUUCUUCAGGCAUAUCCUCCGGACAGCCGAGUCCUGCAGGAUCUGUAACAACAGGUCAUGUAGCAAAAAGGCAUCCUUGGAAUCCAUUCAAAAAGUCUAAUGGUCAACGAGACAGUAGGGACCUAACAUUUGAUAAUGUUAUCCUUAGAUGAUUUAUAAAUCUGAAAAUCAUUUCCAAAGUGCUUUUGGCACUAUAAAUGUUUUGAAAUUAUUAUUUUCCAUUAUUAAUUCUUUAAAAUAAAUGGUGAAAAAUUAUUAUUCCCAUAUUUUUUGAAUGCGAUAUUCGAAAAAGGAGGUAAUACUGGGAAAAAAAUGAAAACAAUUUGUUAAUAUUAUUAAAAAAAACGGCGACUUGUUUAAAUCGUUUGAAAAUGACUUGGUCAAUAUGUAAAUAUAAAAGAAAAGUAUAAAGAAUUUGACACUGUCAUCAAAUUGUUGCCAAAUUGUAAGUAAAUUCGAGUGCGUGAAUAAGAAUAUUGUACAUCUAUUCAUUUUUGAUACUGUAUUAUUUACUAUUUUUUUUUCUUUUUUUCUUGUAUUUUAGAUUGUUUAGAUGUACUAACUGGAAAUCCUUUCGGAUGAUUGCCAUAUUAAUUUCUUAUAUGCUCUACUUUUCUAUAAUUUAAUUCUUCCGUCUCUAUUUACUUGAUGCCACAGAUUAAAUAUCAUUGCAAAUCGAAAAAAUAUGUAUCGAAAUAUUUGUCUUUUUGUUCUGGCUAAUUUAAUCAUUUUUUUGUAUUUAAAAGGAAAAAUCUUUGAAAAACUUUGCAGCGCAAUUAAAGUAGAUAUUGUUUCUUUUUUUCUUUUAUACAAAAAGAAAGCGUUUGCGUAUGUGUGCAAUACUUUUUAAAAUGUGUCGAAUUAGAAUAUAAUUUUAAGUGCCAAUACUUGUGUAGAAUGUCAAUUUAUUUCAUAUAUACAAGUUUAAGUUUUAGUGUCCGCAAGAUUUCGAAAUAGGUUCAGAGUAAUUUUGAAAGAAAAAUUACAAAAUGAAAUUCAUCAGUACGAACAAUGUUUUAGAAAUAUGUAAAUAAAGUCAUAUUGUUACAAUCAUAAAAUGCGUUUAUAUAAAAUAAAAAAUGUGUAGUAUUUUUUUAGAAUUUUCAUAAUAAUUAUUUUUUAUAUCAUCAGAGAUUCGUUUGUCAACAGUGAAAAAAUUAAUCGCGCUUGUAAAUAUUUAUUUUUAAAACCAAUUUUUGUAAUAUUUAAGAAAUUGUACUAUUAAAAUAGAUACAAUAUACAUAUGUCAAUUUUUUGAAAAUUUCCAAAUUGGUGAUUGAUUUUAGAAAGCGAAUACAAGUAAUUUAUUUUGUACAUUUUCCUUUGUAUAUUUCGGCAUAAAGAAAACUUUGUAUUUUUCAAUUUUCGUUUAUAAAUAAUAUGUCUUAUAUUGUAUAUGUUUAUAAGUUAAUUGUUAAACAUUGUAUUGAAUAAAAAAAGAAAUACUAAA